AAAUGGACUUUUCGGCUUUUUGCUUCACUAAAUGUUUUAAGUAUAUCUUCGUAAUUUAAAUCAUUCGCAAUUUUCGUUUCAAUGGACAAAACUGCUAAUGCUGAGAGUCUUUCCUGUGUCAUCGUAUUUCGUCAAGGCAUAUAGUUAUAGGUAACUUUCUACCAACAUGUUGUUACCUACGUAAUAAAUAUACACCAAUGACUUGCGUAUUGUGAACAUUUUGAACCAGCAGCUCUGUGCACAUUGCACCUGACGUGAUUGUACACCGUAUCGUGACCACAUACCGGACGUGACCAGAUUUGGGCUGCUUCUUUCAUUCGCUAUCGCCGCCGGUGUUAUCUCUCUGUAGAUAAUGUGUUACAGAGAUAAGUAUUAUUAUUAUUAUUAUUAUUAUUACUAUUUUAGUAUUAUGUACUAUGUAGCCUAUAUAUAGGUGCCGUAGUAGCCGUACUCCGUGGUGCGUACGUGCAGUUUGUGUUCGUGGUUCGUCCGUGGAUUGUUCGCGAAAUACGAUAUUCAUGCGUUUUUCACCCUAAUGGGUCUGUGUAUCACCGUGUGUACGAACUACGAGUUUGCACUUUACCCGCGUGUGUGUGUGUGUAAGACAUUUGGUAAUGAGUGAAUCGAUGGUUUUUUAGUUUUUAUUUUCCGUUUCUGGGUGGUAAUCAUUGAACAUUAAUCAACCGUAGUGAAAUCAGAAUUACUUUGUCCGUCGCCAAAUUUUACGAUGUGUGAGUAAUAUUGCGUUUAGUAUCUUCGCUCAGAUCUACACCUGCGUGUCCGUUAUUGCGACGCUAAUGGAAAACCACGACCAACAAUUGUGAAUCGAAGAAAAUUAUCACUAGUGUCCCGAAGCGAUCGAUUUAAAAUAAAAUAAAUUAAGUCUGAUUGUUCACACCAACAUGUGAAGUAGGUUGGCCAAGACGUCAAGUGGUACUAGUUGAGACUGCCUCACAGCUUUGUCGACAAACGUUGUGUAAAUGUGUUACAAGCAUAUUUUGUUUUUAUUUCAGAAUAUGUCUUAGUAAUGGGUCGAAAUCGAAAUAGAAGAGCCAACCACAGUGUUCAGAGUACCAAUGUACCAAUGUCCCAGCGCAGUGACUAUGUUGAUCUAUGUCGCAACAUUAUACGCGACAUGGAUCUGUAUGGAGUGUGUGUGCUAGAUAAUUUUUUGGGUUAUCAACGAGGUAUGACUGUACUAGAUGAAGUUUUGAACCUAUACAACAUGGGAGUGUUUAAGGAUGGUCAAUUGGUUCGAAAUAAAGCGAGUAAUAAUCUCAAAACAAUACGAGGUGAUCAGAUCAUUUGGGUUGAUGGUCGUGAGGAUUGUUGUAAACAAAUUGGACAGCUUAUAAGUGAUGUUGAUGCUGUAGUUAUGGGAUCAAACAAAAUGAAUGACAAUGGUAAACUUGGAAACUAUACCAUUAAUGGCAGAACCAAAGCUAUGGUCGCUUGUUAUCCAGGACAUGGAUCUCAUUAUGUCAAGCAUGUAGAUAAUCCAAACAAAGAUGGCCGAUGUAUUACUGCAAUAUAUUAUUUAAAUAAAGACUGGGAUAUAAAAGAAAAUGGUGGCUUGCUAAGAAUAUUUCCGGAAGGUUGGAGUGAUCAAGUGGCUGAUAUAGAACCAUUAUUUGAUCGUAUAUUAUUCUUUUGGUCUGACCGAAGAAAUCCUCAUGAAGUUCAACCAGCUUUUAAAACUAGGUAUGCAAUUACUUUAUGGUAUUUCGAUGGCAAUGAGAAAGAAGAAGCUGGAAGAAGAUUUCAAGAUGCAAGUCAGUCUAAUAUCUGUUGUUACCAAAAUGCGACUUAAAUAGUAUGCAUGUUCCAUAGUCUUGAAAAUAUCAGUAAUGUCUCAUUAACUGGUAAAUUGGACUCUUGAAAUUCUGUACUGAUCUUAAAUAAGAAUUUAUGUUACUCAAGGUGAUCUGUACACAGAUCAACACAGUAAAAGGGUUAAGGUUUUUAAUCUGUGAUUUAGUUUACUGACCCAAGUACAAUUGAUUCCUUAUAAUUCAAAUAAUUAAUUUUGGAUUUUAAAUAAAUGGCUCAAACCAUUUAACCUGUAGGUAGAAAUUAAGUAAAAAAAUAUUUGUAUAUUUAUAAAUAAAAUAUGAUAUAAAAUAAUUAUGUGUUUUAUAAAUUUAAAUAUCACAACAGACUUGUAUUUUUAAAAAACAAUCUAAUAAAUUAUUGUUAUUAGUUCAAU